AUGGACCCUACAAAGAAUCUCUCAAAGCCCCCCAAGGAUUGUGGCAAGGUGAACUUCCCAACAGAUGCCUCACUUCCCGGAGAAUAUUUCGAGGUGCGUCAGACGCACCCCACCGGAAAUUACAAACCAGAUCCCUUAAAGUCCAUCCCGUUGUCGCCGGCACGUCAGGCGCUGCUUGACGAUAUCAUCGCGCUGUACGAGAUGAAGCCUACGGUGGAGCGGGUGAAACGUUACACGCCAGACUGUGUCUACAACGAUCAGUUCGUUUAUGCCAAUGACCGCUACAAGAUGGCUGCCCAAUGGUUUGCCCUUCCGAAGCUAUUCGCGGGCGCGAAGAGCCACGGGUAUCAGGUGGAAUGGACGUUCAAGGUCAUUCCCAAGACGGCAGUCGUGAACGCCCUCGUGAGCCUGUCUUUGGAUCCGGCGACCACCGAUACUGAUUUCAUCCGGGUGAAGUAUCACAAGGAUCAGGCCAACGAGAAAGAGUACUCCAAUGAAGGGAUUGGCGCUGCCAUCAAGAAGUUCCAGACUGAUAACGUGCCGAAACUGAUGAGUGCGCCUGAACUCAAAGCUUUUGAAGCCGACAAGGACGCUGGAAAGGAGAAGAGGCGGGCGUACGGGAGUGGGGAACAGAAAGGAGAUGCUCCUGUCAAGAAUUUGUAA